AUGAAGGUCAGGGCUGGACUACUAGUGGGAUACGAUGGAAGCAAAUACCACGGGCUGCAGUUUAACAAGGAGCUGGACACGGUGGAGAAGGAAAUAAUUGGUUGCCUUCUUGAGAUGGAGGUGAUCAGCCAAAGAAAUGCCGACGACCCAAAGAAAGUUCACAUCAAAUCGUCUUCCAGAACGGAUAAGGGCGUCCAUGCUGCACUCAACCUCGUCUCUGUGAAGAUAGAGGCCGACAUCACUCCGGAACUUAUAUCUGGACUUAGAACCCUUCUUUCUAGAAAGGAGAUCCAUCUAUAUGACAUCAUAAGGCUUACAAAAAGCACUAUUCCAUCCAAGCAGGCUGUUUUUCGGGCCUACGAAUACAUUGUCCCGACGUUCUUCCUUGCAAAGGGAGACUUCGACAAGGAGGUGGAGGUUUUGAGGCAGAAGGAUGGAGAAUGCAGAGAUGGAAGAGUAACAAGAGAUUAUCCAAGCGAUAUGAUUGAUAGUUUGGUCGGAUAUACAUCUUCUGAAGACGACCUCAGGGUCUUUGAAGCCAUCCUUCAGAAGUACACAGGAACCAAGGACUUUCACAACUUCACUAAGCUCAAUAGUGAAAAGGGCACUAAGAGAUACAUUAAAUCUGUCAUCGUCUCGGAUCCAUACGUAAACAACGGGAUAGAAUAUGUGAGGGUAUCGAUUACCGGCCAGAGCUUCCUACUCCACCAGAUUAGAAAGAUGAUGCUUUUUGGGAUUUUAUUGUGUAGGUAUUCCAGAGAUAGUGUGGAAUCAAAGUUCGACAUGGUGUUUAGCAAAGAGAACAUUCAUGUUCCAAAAGGACCUUCUGAAUAUCUUUUACUUGACAAGCCUACGUUCCACCGGUUGAGAAGAGGAGACGGAACCACAGAGGACAUAGGGGUCGAUGAUGCAGCCCGGGAGGAAUACAAGAGAAAUGCCAUCUACCCGAGGAUUCACCAAAGAAAAAACCUCAUUGGCUUUUUUGCAUGUCUGGAUUCUGUAAGGUUUCACAGAGAAAACAUGGUGUUCAUAGGUUAG